AUGCAGUUCACCAGUGGCUUGGUCUUCCUGCCCCUUGCGGCUCUUCUCGCUUCCGUCGCCGCCGCCCCCGUUGUCGAAGACCGGGCUGCGCAAGCCGCGACGACAUGCGGCUCUACAUACUACAGCGCGACGCAGGUGAACCAGGCCGCCCAAAAGGCUUGCAGCUACUACAGCUCCGGAAGCGCGCCUGGUGGAUACCCGCACACAUACAACAACUAUGAGGGUUUCUCAUUCUCGGUGUCUGGGCCUUACCUCGAGUUCCCGCUCCUAUCUAGCGGUAGCGUAUAUACUGGCGGGUCCCCGGGGCCGGACCGGGUCGUCAUUAACACGUCCUGCAAGCUAGCGGGUGAAAUCACUCACACUGGCGCUAGCGGCAACAAUUUUGUCGGUUGCUCAGGAACGUCUUGA